UCUAAGAAAUUUUUUAAAGAUAAGUGCUCUACUCCUAAUUUUUUUGGAUUAACUCAAUUGUUGUCGAUGUUACCUGAUAUGUGCGUUGUAGUGGGGAUCAUCCAUUUAAUGCAGGCGCCCAUUGAAUAUACACGUUUUCUGUUGGCGGACAAGAGCUCACAGCUGCCUCAUCCUCGUGCCACAUCAAACAGUCGCUGUUGUGAGAUGAAGUUGGAGACUGUACUGUCGCAGUUUGCUUUAUAUUUACGAAUGGAUCAUCAGCAGCAAUACAAUCUCGGACAGCGGUAUGUCUUCUUUAUGGUUUGUGGGCUUUUUGCGCUCGAGCGUCCUUUAAUAUUCGAGAUGUUUGAGACAAUUUUAAAUUACCUAAUCAUACUCAUAGAGUACUAUGAAGUGGGUAACUGA